UCCGAAAUACAAAGAUAAUCUGUGAGUUGUUUAUGUUUUGAUCUUCGAAGAAUGUUCGGAAGGUUUGUCAGUAGGUUGUGGAGCUAUGGACGUUUGAGGAAUUAUUCAACGGAUGGUGGUGGCAUUAAGUACCAUGGAUUCACGUAUUACCCAAGGUUUCCAGACUUCAAGGACCCACCUUAUGAACCAUCAAAACUUUUUAUGGUGCAACGUGUGAAAGCUCUCAAAGGCCGCCCUUACUGGGAGAAAAAUAUGAUGAAGGAAAUUGGUCUGGCUGGAAAGAGGAGCGAUAUUGUUAUCAUGAAGAAUAUACCGGAGAACAACGCUCGCCUUUGGCAAGUUAAACAUCUAGUUAAGAUAACACCCAUUACAUGCCCAAAUGGUCUUCCAUCUGAUGGUGACUACAGUGGUACAUACCUUAAGGAAAAUGGUGAAUUCAUAGUUACACCGAAGCUGAAAGUGCCACAAGAACAGGAAACAGCACUUGAGGUUUUUCAGAGUAAGAAGGACAGACUUGAUGGAGAAACCUUGCGGAAGCACUUACGGCUUAAAUGGCUGAAUGCUUGGUGACCUGUGAUUGUUUAUUGUUGUAUUAUACUUUUAAGUAAUUAUUAAUUGUAAUAAACAGCUUAUGUCAACUUUGGCAGA